GAACCUCCUGCCGUAUAUAUACAGCGGGUGAUUUUAGCAUUCCGGCAGCCGGUUUCUGUUAAGUUUGGAGUUACUCUGCUCACCACAACUGCAUGCCCGCUUUUACUAACUAAACCAAGGCACAGCAUCACAAGGAGUCUGCAUGUCUAACCUGUAGACAUGCUCAGCUUUGUGGAUACUCGGAUUGUGUUGCUGCUCGCAGUAACUUCAUACCUAGCAUCAUGUCAAUAUGAAACGGGAUUGAAGGGUCCUACAGGAGACAAAGGCCCCAGAGGUGAUAGGGGUCCCCAAGGGCCAAAUGGUAAAGACGGCAAACCUGGACUUCCUGGCCCAGCAGGGCCCCCUGGUCCCCCCGGACUUGGUGGAAACUUUGCUGCUCAGUAUGACGUAUCAAAAGCUGCCGAUCCUGGUCCUGGCCCCAUGGGUUUGAUGGGAGUCAGAGGCCCACCUGGAGCUCCUGGUAUACCUGGACCCCAAGGACCCCAUGGACAUGCUGGUGAGCCUGGUGAACCUGGACAACCUGGUGCUGUUGGUGCUCGUGGCCCCCCUGGACCCCCUGGCAAACCUGGCGAGGAUGGUAACAACGGCAGACCAGGCAAGGGUGGAGACAGAGGCCCACCUGGACCUCAGGGUGCCCGUGGUUUCCCUGGAACCCCUGGACUUCCCGGAAUGAAAGGACACAGAGGUUACACUGGUCUGGAUGGACGCAAAGGAGAGCCUGGUGCAGCUGGUCCCAAGGGUGAACCCGGUGCACGUGGUGCUAAUGGAACCCCAGGUCUGGCUGGUGCACGUGGUCUCCCAGGUGAGAGAGGGCGUGUUGGACCCGCAGGCCCUGCUGGUGCAAGAGGCAGUGAUGGAAACACAGGCCCUGUUGGCCCUGCUGGUCCACUGGGAGCAGCUGGUGCUCCAGGUUUCCCAGGAGCCCCUGGUCCUAAGGGAGAGGUUGGUGCUGCUGGUCCCACUGGCCCCUCUGGAGCUCAGGGUGCAAGAGGUGAGCCCGGUCCAAAUGGUGCUGUCGGCCCAGUCGGUCCUCCUGGCAACCCUGGUAACAAUGGUCUGGCUGGUGCCAAGGGUGCUGCUGGUGCCCCUGGUGUCGCUGGUGCCCCUGGUUUCCCUGGACCAAGAGGUGGACCUGGAGCACAAGGUUUAGCUGGAUCCAGUGGACCAAGAGGCCUGUCUGGUGAUCCUGGUCCAGCUGGUGCAAAGGGAGAGGCUGGUGUUAAGGGAGAGCCUGGUAUGGCUGGUCCCCAAGGCCCCGUUGGUCCUGCUGGUGAGGAGGGCAAGAGAGGCCCAACUGGAGAGCAUGGUCCAUCAGGCCCCGUUGGUGUCCGUGGAGAGAGAGGCGUUGCUGGAGCUCGUGGUCUUCCUGGCAUUGAGGGCAGAGCUGGUCCCAUGGGUAUGCCCGGCAGUCGGGGCUCUGCUGGCGGCACUGGCCCUCGUGGACCCCCUGGUGAUGCAGGUCGUGCUGGAGAGCCUGGCCCUGCGGGCGCAAGAGGUCUUCCUGGCAGCCCAGGGAGCUCUGGUCCCCCAGGCAAAGAGGGCCCUGCUGGAGCCCCUGGUGCUGACGGUCGCACUGGACCCCCUGGCCCAACUGGGCCCAGAGGUCAGCCUGGUACCAUUGGUUUCCCUGGUCCGAAGGGGCCUGCUGGUGCACCUGGAAAGCCAGGCGACAAAGGAGCAAGUGGACCGGCUGGUUUAAGAGGCGCCCCUGGACCUGAUGGUAAUAAUGGACCUGCUGGCCCCCCUGGACCAUCUGGCAAUGCAGGACCAAGAGGAGAGUCGGGACCCGCUGGUGCUGCAGGGUUCCAGGGUCUCCCUGGCCCCGCUGGACCUGUUGGUGAGGCAGGAAAGCCAGGUAACAGGGGUAUCCCUGGAGAGAGCGGACCUGCUGGAGCUGCUGGUGUGAAGGGAGAGCGUGGUAACCCUGGACCUGCUGGAGCUAUGGGUGCUCAAGGCCCCAUUGGUGCCCGUGGCGCAUCCGGCGCUCCUGGACCUGAUGGAGCACCGGGUGAGGGUGGUGUUGCUGGACUUGUUGGUACUGCUGGACCCCAAGGACCCUCAGGCAUGCCUGGCGAACGUGGUGCUGCUGGUACACCUGGACCCAAGGGCGAGAAGGGUGAGACUGGACACAGAGGACCCGAGGGCAACUUGGGAAGAGAUGGUGCUCGUGGUGCUCCCGGACCAAGCGGACCCCCUGGACCUGCUGGUGCCAAUGGAGAGAAGGGUGAAGCUGGUCCCACUGGUCCAGCUGGUCCCGUUGGUGCUCGUGGUGCUCCCGGCGAGCGUGGUGAAAAUGGUCCUGCUGGACCUCCUGGCUUUGCUGGACCCCCUGGUAGCGAUGGCCAGCCUGGUGCUAGAGGAGAGAAGGGACCCGGUGGUGCAAAGGGUGACACCGGUCCCUCUGGACCUGCUGGUCCUGCUGGAAGUUCUGGACCACCUGGCGCUGCUGGCCCUGGAGGUCCCCCUGGUGCCCGUGGUGACUCUGGCCCCACUGGUCUGACUGGUUUCCCUGGUGCUGCUGGACGAGUUGGCCCUGCUGGCCCUGCUGGCAUUGUUGGACCCCCUGGUCCCAUGGGUGCUGCUGGAAAGGAUGGUCCUCGUGGUGCCCGUGGUGAUUCUGGCCCCACUGGACCUCAGGGUCCCAUGGGCAUGGUUGGCCCUCCUGGUGUUGUUGGAGACAAGGGUCCCGCUGGACAGAUGGGUUCUCCAGGUCCCGCUGGAACCCCUGGACCCCAGGGUAUGCUUGGUGCUCAGGGCUUUGUUGGUCUUCCUGGCUCAAGAGGUGACCGUGGUCUCCCAGGUGGUGCUGGUGCAGUUGGUGAACCCGGUAGGUUAGGCCCAUCUGGACCUACUGGUGCUCGUGGUCCUGCUGGUAAUAUUGGCAUGCCUGGAAUGACUGGACCUCAGGGAGAUGCUGGCCGUGAGGGUAGCCCUGGUAACGAUGGUCCUCCUGGCCGACCUGGUGUUCCUGGUGUCAAGGGUGAUCGUGGCGAGCCUGGAGCACCUGGCAGCGUUGGCCCUGCAGGAGCCCCUGGACCCGUUGGGCCCACUGGUGCUAUUGGCAGACCUGGAAACCGUGGAGAAUCAGGUCCUUCUGGUUCUGUAGGUGCUGUGGGCCCCGCUGGUGCAACAGGUGCUCCCGGCCCAGCUGGUGCCCGUGGUGAGAAGGGUGUGACUGGAGACAAGGGAGACAGAGGCCUGAAGGGACUGCGUGGACACCCUGGCCUGCAGGGAAUGAGUGGACCCAGUGGUCCCUCUGGUGAGCCAGGUUCUGCAGGUGUUUCUGGCCCCUCUGGUCACAGAGGCCCAGUCGGACCCCAUGGCCCCCCUGGCAGGGAUGGCAGAUCUGGUGCACCUGGUGCUAUGGGACCUGCUGGCCACCGUGGUCCUGCCGGUCAUAUGGGCCCAGCCGGUCCCCCUGGAUCUCCUGGUCUUCCUGGUCCUCCUGGUCCUGCUGGAAAUGGCUAUGACUUUGGAGGCUAUGAUGAAUACAGAGCUGACCAGGCUGCCCUCAGAGCCAAGGACUAUGAGGUCGAUGCCACUCUGAAGUCUCUGAACACCCAGAUUGAGGGUCUCCUCACCCCAGAGGGCUCCAGGAAGAACCCUGCCCGUACCUGCCGUGACAUCAGGCUUAGCCACCCAGACUGGACCAGUGGAUUCUAUUGGAUCGACCCCAAUGAGGGCUGCAUCAUGGAUGCCAUCCAGGCCUACUGCGACUUCAGCACUGGAGAGACCUGCAUCUACGCCAACCCUGGCAGCAUUGACCGCAAGAACUGGUACAGGAGCGCUGAGGAGAAGACACACAUCUUCUUUGGAGAGACCAUCAAUGAUGGCACAGAGUUCACCUACAACGAUAACACAAUUAGCCCUCAGUCCAUGGCUACCCAGCUGGCCUUCAUGCGUCUGCUGGCUAACCGGGCCUCCCAGAACGUCACCUACCACUGCAAGAACAGCAUUGCUUACAUGGACGCUGAGACCGGUGAUCUGAAGAAGGCUGUGGUGAUGAUGGGCUCCAACGACGUGGAGCUGAGAGCAGAGGGCAACAGCCGCUUCACCUACAGCGUGCUGGAGGAUGGCUGCACUAGACAUACUGGCCAAUGGGGUAAGACAGUCAUCGAGUACAGAACGACGAAACCAACCCGCCUCCCCUUCCUCGACAUCGCACCUUUGGACAUCGGUGGAGACGAUCAGGAAUUUGGUUUGGACAUUGGCCCAGUCUGUUUCAAAUGAAUGGACUCGCGAUAAAUUAAAAAUAAAAGAAAAAUGAAACCCCUCUCCUCUCUGUUUUUUUGAUACCGAAUGCUGAUACUCUCUGCUCAUCUAUUUGCUUAAGCCGGGGCCUAUUGGCGAAGACCAAAUUGGACUGAAUGGAGCAUGGUGCAAUGCAAAUUAACGCAGCAGCCUGAGACGAGCGGGGGAACACCUUGUCGUGUGGACAUGCCACCGUUUGUAAAUUAAGAAAAAGCGUAAUAAAAAUGAGGAAGAAACACACGUCAUUUGUGGUCUUUGUAUAUUUUCCGAGGAGGAAGUUUAAAACCACAGCUUCCGAAGGUUUAAACUACCUCGCCUGUGUUAAAAUCCUGAUGCACACAUUUCAAAUGUAGGAGUCGGGAGGCCUCUAGGUUAGCCGUCUGUCAAAAGGUGCUAGGCUCGGUAUUAUGCGGCUCAAAAACUUGAAGCAGUAUUAUGGUGCUAUACGUGCAUACUGCAAGGGGAACCACUUUACUGUAUUGCAUUGUGUCGUCUUUGAGAUGGUGUAUCUGUCACGGUUCUUGCUAAUAGACCCCUGGUUAAGCAGGUGGAUCAUUCCCAGUGUUUGUUUUGUUUUGUUUUGUUUGGUUCAGUUUGGUUUGCCGCCCCCUUCUUUUUUUUCGCCUCAGUCCCAAUGUUAAUGCUUUAAGUAUAUUUCUACCCAUUUUAAUGGGUAAAAGAGGCCUCUUUAUCUCUCUCUCUCCAACAAACAGAACGUUUAUUGUACCUAUUUUGUAUAUGUGAGAUGUUUAAAUAAAUUGUGAAAAGUUCUGAAAUA